GGAGGAGCAGGGGUCCAGGGAGAAGGAGAAGGAGGACAGUUCUUUUCACCAUAGCAAUCUGUUGAAUCAGGUCAGUGACAUUAAGCAGGCAGAGUUUGUUUUGUGGGCUUAGAGGGGGAAGUAAAUCAGUAGAAUUGCAUGAUAAAAUUAAGGACAUACCAUAAAACUGCUUUUCUGUGUGCAGCCUGAAUGCCACAGCACUACCAGCUUCUGCAGUCCUUGUACUGCAGCACUGGCCCUCUGACAUGGGAGUGCUGCACGAGAGGGGCUGUGGUACUACCAUUCCUUUGGGGACUUUGAAAGUAGUUUGUUUUUACACAUGGGAUUCUCCUGACUCCCUUGUAAGCACUGUGGUGAGUUAUCGUAGAUCAAAGGGAACAGUGAGGACAGAGUGAGGCAAGAGGGGUAGGAAACUAUGUGGGAUCCAGCUCUGAAAUGUCCUCUAAAAUGUACUGUAGGAGUGUAUCGCUUCGCAGUCAUUGGGCCUUCGCGUUUAUGUUUACAUAACUUUAUCCAACUUUUCUCUUUUGCUUUUUUUAAUAAAAAGCUUGAGUCUGGCAACCCACAGUUAGGAUCCCAUUGUGAGUACAAUGAAGCUGCGAUCCUGGCGUUAGUGCCUUCAGUCCCUUGCACAGGUCGAGCUGCUGCUGGGGACUUCACAUGGCUCCGUUCACAGCCCGGAGAUGCCGCUUGGUGCUGGGACCACGCAUAGGGUGCACUCAGUAUAUGUGUUCGUGCACAAGAGCGCGUUUCCAAGCUUGCUUCUUCCCCCAAAGGGAAAUAGGCUCCAAACAGAGUAAGGGCUGGGGGAGGGAGCGUGUCAGGCUUUAACUCUUGGCGUAGCCUUACUCACGAUUUUCCUGUUAGUGUUUUGUCUUCUUGGCAUCCUUCCUGUUCUUUAUAUAUAUACGUUAUAUAUUGUUGUCACAUUCUUCCUCCGUGUAUGUUGCGGCCUUUGUUCUGCAGAGCUCUGGGUUGGGAGCGUUGCUUGCAGGCUGUGCCUGGCUGCUGCGAUUUGCUGGCUCGAAUGCAGAAGUCGUGGAAGUAACUGGAGAGGAUAUUUCAGUGAGCACCGAGGGGAAGAAAAUGUGCGUGGGCUUUAAACGCAGCAUGGCUUUAUUCCUCUUGGACGAGAGCUUGACCAGCUGCGGGUCACUUCUGGGGAUGUGAAGCCUCAUUGUUUGCAUGCACCACCGUGGUGGCUGCGAUCCCAGCUACAGGCUCGGAUCCUAUUUCUAUGCGAGGUGCGGUAUAAUUGGAGCAAAGGAGAUCUUGAGACGUGGCCUGCAGCAUACAGCAAGGGUGAUACCCAUCCCCAAACCACAAGCCCUGCUGAGGUACGCUCGUUUCAUUCCCUAUGAAGGUAAUAGCAAAAUAGGGAGGCCUGGAAAGCUCACCGUGACCAUUGCCUGACCUCACUGGAGACAAGACCACGUGUGUGACCCAUGUACAGGCUGCGUACAUUUCUGGUGAGGCAAACUGCACGGUAUUGGGUGCUUCCUAGGAAGUUUAGCUCAUAUCCCAGUGGAAGACCCUUUUGCCCUUGGAGGGUAGGAGCAUGUCCGCUGUCAGUGCUUCCUUUUCUCCCCCAGUUGCUUUGGAAUCAUAGUAUCCAGUGCUCUGCACCAGAUGGGCACACUCUUGACAGCCUUUUGAUCGGAAGUGGGGAAGAAGGCAUUUGGGAGGUCGGGGGGGGAGGAAAACUUAAAUUAGCAGAAAGCCUAACAGCUAUUGCUGGAGACAGAUGAUUACAGCUCAUUUCAAGGCUGCUUCCUGCAUGCCAAUGAUAGAUCAGUAAACAAACGCCUCUUUGCAAACACAAAGCAGGCAGGAACUCUGUUUGGAGGAGAGAGGUCGGGGUAGGUCUCACUCUGCUCAGUGGCAGGAAGCCCUAUCACAUGGCCCUGGGAAACAUGAGGCCGGCUGCGCAGAGAAGCUUCUGCUGGGAGCUUCACAUCCUUCCCAGAGCCCGCCAGCAGGUUUGGGAGCUCCCUCCUUCCUCUCCUGCCCUUCCUUCCCCAGUUUAAUUUUGAGACGGUAUCAGAUGACGGCUUUGUUCCCCAAACAAUGAGGAUUGCCAAAUGAAUUGCAGUGAUGGGGCUCUCCAAGUGGGUCUUGGCAUCUUCUCUCCCCUUUUAUGGCCUGGCUGCUGUGGGAUCUGCAUGCCAGGAGUGUGGCUUUGGGCUGUGGCUGCCGUGGGUCUGUGCUUUGCGUUGCGUGGCAGAAAGUUUGCAUGUGGUACAUGCGGAAAGCAGCAAUGGGUCAAGAAGGACCUGCUUGGUGUAUGUCAGUUCUCAGAUCAUCUGCAACCUGGACUCAGCUCUGCCUGUGUGAUCAAUCAAGAGAUAUGGGAGGGAGGAGAAAUAGGAGCUCCUCUUGCCUUUUGCAGUAACCUGCCAUGCUAGCUCAGGGGGCCAGUGAGCCAAACCUGGGGUCUACUCUUCAUUUCCCACUGAAGGUGGGAAUCACUGCUCUGCCAGUUUCCUCCUGUCAGGCUUUGGGAGUGUCUGUGGGUCAGGUCUGCAAGCUGGUUCUGGUGGCCUUAUUAACUAAAGUCUCAACCCCAUCCCCUUUGCAUCUCAUUUGGGCCUGGGAGUGUCCUCAUGCUAAUUAUAUGACCUUUGAGCUAAUCAGGAGGUACCUCAUUUCUGCUCUUUCGUUCCAGAGUUGAUUUUUUUUUCCUCACGUCUCCCAGGGUAUUUGGAUAUGUACACCUGGUGGUUGUGUUCAUAUUGCAGCAUCUGAUGCCUGGUUGCUUAGGAGGCUUCUGGCCUCAGUCCCUGGAGGCGUUGAAGGCCAGGAUGGAUGGGGCCCUGGGCAGCCUGAUCUAGUGCUUGUUCUAGCAACUGGCAAUCCUGCCUGCAGCAGGGGGGUUGGAACCAGGUCAUCUUGGAGGCAAAAAUUGCAGAGGGGCUGUACAUCCACUGCCUGCUGUUGGGAGGUUUCUUACUGCUGAUGGCGGUGCCUGGGCAUACUGAUCAGUGACCCAGUGGUGCAGCACCAGGGCACUGCAAGGAAGCUGUAAGCCAAGUGCUAUGCAGCCUCAGUUGCUGCUUUGCAGGAAUCUGCUCUGGUUGCCUGGGUGAGUCAUCCUUUGGACAGGGACACGGGCGAUCAUUAGUUUUCCGUUAUUCGCAAUGCAUAACAGUUAAUGGAUGGAUGAAUAGAUUUUGUUUCUCGGGCUGGUAAAUUUUCUUGACAAUUUUGCAAGGCUGCUCUGUGUCUAGAAGUGAAAUGAGUGUUUGUUUCAGUUCCUAAUGAGGAAGAGAAGCCAAGGGCUUUAUUGUCUGGGGAAAGAGAGUCUGCUAAGUGGUUAGCCAUGAGCUGCCCUGAAUGUGUACACACUGAGUUGACCCAGAGUUCACUCCUCAUCUUAGGAACGCUGCCAUUGUGGGAUAAAGGGAGGGAGAGAAAACUGGAAACAAACAAGACUGAUUUUUUUUUCUUUCUCUCUGCCCAAAAUACUCGAGCAGUGGAAAUGAGAGAUUCUUUUGUUCUUCAGUGUUGUCGGUAUGCUUCUUUUCAAAGCUGCAAGAACCGACUAAACUUCCCAAGACGCUCAGUCUUAUUGCCAGAUGCUGGGCACGGCAGGGUAGCAUCAGGCAGAGCAGGUGAACUGCUGCCCAGCUGUGUGCUGACAUGAUGACAGCUAGCAAGGCGGCUGAUGCGAGCAGCAGGUCUGAGAGCAGUGUCUGCAAGUCUGCUGAGAGGAUCAAGCUUGCAGAUAAAAACAGUACAGCAGCUGUGAAGGAAUUAGGAAGACUUCUGUGUGGAUUUUCAAGUGAGAGAUGUUCUGAAGGUGCCUCUGUCACCCUGAGUUUAACACCUGAAGCUGAACCGGUUUCUUGUGUGGUGAAGAACCCACUGGGAGCCUUGGAGAACUUGAUGCUCGAUCCAAGGCUAGACUGCUUUCAGCAGAACAUGCUCAGUCCCAAAAUGAUCAUCAGUGACCCAUCUGUGGAUCUGAACGUUAAAGAAAGCAGUAGAAUCAUCAGGAAACAGAUAGGAGGUACUCAGAGUACACGGACACCUGGAAAAAUUGGCUUGAGGAAUAAGUCCUUCAGCAUCAAGGACAAAAUUUCAGAGUGGGAAGGGAAAAAGGAAAUGCAGUCUGCUCCUCGUCGAGAGGAGGAGCAAGGAACUAAAGAGGAGCGCAAGAUACCAUGUGUAGUUGAGAAGACAAGUGGAGAAGCACUGACGUCUCGAAAAGUGGAGACUAAGAGACUUAUGAACUGGGAACUGGAGUGCAAAGGGGCAAGCAAAGAGAAUGAGCGGAAAGCAGGAACUCCAAAAGGCACGGAGCAGGGAGCACAGCGGAAAGGGGAAGUGGAGAAGGAUGAGGAAGUGCAGUCCAGCCUUGGAAAAUGCAAAGAAGUGAAAGGUGGGAAGUGGGAGGUCCAGAAGGAGAAUCUUUCAGUGCUUAGUCAGGUCAAGAAGCUGGAGCAAGCUUUGAAGGAUGGCUCAGCAGAGCUGCAGCCACAGUUGCCUGGUACUUAUUACUCCCCACAGUGCUUGCAGGAGAAGUCAGCACAAGGACACGCUGCUCCAGAGGGCCAUGAGAGCAUAUGUGGGACUGAGCUCAACAAAAGGCUUCUUGGUUUGGACUCUGAAAUCAGCGAGCCAAUUUUUGGGACUCUAGAAGAGGUAAGAACUUCUCAUGUGAAAUCCAAGGACUGCACUACAGAAAAUGUGUACACAGAACCAGGGGUGCCAGAGAAGAAGCCUUUCAUCAACCCACUGCCAAAGCCCCGUCGGACUUUCAAACAUGAGGGGGAAGAGGACUGGGUGCCAGCAGCUAGGAAUAAAAGAAACUUGCCCCCUCUACCAUCCAUUCCUCCCCCUCCUCUCCCUUCCUCUCCUCCUCCAUCAGCUGUCAGCAGGAGGCUUUGGAGCGGGAAGCACAAGAACAACGCUGACCACAGGAAGUCGUAUGAGUUUGAAGACUUGCUGCAGUCGUCAUCAGAGAACGGAAGGGUGGAUUGGUACGCGCAGACCAAGCUGGCCCUCACACGCACUUUAUCGGAGGAGAACGUCUAUGAAGAUAUACUGGAUCCACCAUCUAAGGAAAACCCUUAUGAAGACAUUGAGACCAACAGCCGCUGUUUGGGGAAGAAAUGUGUCCUGACCUUCCCAGCAUCCCCCACCUCUUCAGUACCUGGGACUCCCACUAAGUUGCUUUCCAAGCCCACUUUUUUUCGACAAAACUCAGAGCGGCGGAGUUUCAAACUGCCAGACAUACGGAAACUGAGCCGUGAUGGAACUGGGUCGCCAUCCAAAAUCAGCCCUCCCUCGACUCCCAGCAGCCCAGAUGACACCUUCUUCUCCUUGGGAGACCCUCAGAACGGAAAGAGGAGAAGGAAGAUUCCCAAGCUUGUGUUGAAAAUCAAUGCCAUUUAUGAGGCACGGAGGGGAAAGAAACGUGUCAAGAGGCUAUCGCAGUCUACAGAGAGCAAUUCAGGAAAAGUUACAGAUGAAAAUAGUGAAUCAGACAGUGAUACAGAAGAGAAGCUGAAAGCUCACAGCCAGCGCCUUGUCCACGUGAAAUCUCGCCUGAAGCAAACGCCACGGUAUCAAACCUUGGAACGGGACUUGAUUGAAUAUCAAGAAAGGCAGCUGUUUGAGUACUUCGUCGUGGUGUCACUGCACAAGAAGCAGGCUGGAGCUGCCUACAUCCCUGAGGUUACCCAGCAGUUUCCACUGAAGCUUGAGCGCUCGUUCAAAUUCAUGCGCGAGGCAGAAGAUCAGUUGAAAGCUAUUCCCCAGUUUUGCUUUCCUGAUGCGAAGGACUGGGCCCCCAUCCAUCAGUUUGCCAGUUUCUCUUUCUGCAGCGAGACAUUCUCAUUUGUCCUGACUGGGGAAGAUGGAAGCAGGCGUUUUGGAUACUGUAGGAGGCUGUUGCCCAGUGGGAAAGGGAAGCGGCUCCCAGAAGUUUACUGCAUUGUGAGUCGCCUCGGAUGCUUCAAUCUCUUUUCUAAGAUCUUGGAUGAGGUCGAGAAGAGACGAGGCAUUUCCCCAGCCUUGGUGCAGCCUCUCAUGAGGAGUGUCAUGGAGGCACCUUUCCCAGCUUUGGGCCGGACAAUUACAGUCAAGAACUUCUUGCCAGGCUCAGGGACAGAGGUCAUUGAGCUGCGGCGGCCUCUUGACUCCAGGCUUGAGCACGUUGAUUUUGAGUCCUUGUUUGCAUCCCUCAGCGUGCGGCACCUGAGCAGGGUCUUCGCCUCCCUGCUCCUGGAAAGAAGGGUGAUCUUCAUCGCAGACAAGCUCAGCACCCUCUCCAAGUGCUGCCAUGCUACAGUGGCCCUCCUGUACCCCUUCACCUGGCAGCACACCUACAUCCCUGUGCUGCCGCCUUCCAUGAUCGACAUUGUGUGCUCGCCCACCCCGUUCCUCAUCGGCCUGCUCUCCAGCUCCCUGCCCCGCCUGAAGGAGCUCCCAGUAGAGGAGGUCCUUGUUGUUGACCUUGUGAAUAACCGGUUUCUGAGACAGAUGGAAGAUGAGGACUCCAUCCUGCCCCGAAAGCUGCAGGCCGCCUUGGAGCACAUCUUGGAGCAGAGGAACGAGCUGGCAAGCGACAAAGAGGAGGGCUCUGUGAAUGGCAAGCAGGAGACCAGCCCUUUGAACGAGGUGGUAUCCGAGGCCUUUGUCCGUUUCUUUGUGGAGAUUGUGGGCCACUACUCCCUCUUCCUGACCCCCAACGAGCGAGAGGAGCGGACUCUGCAGCGUGAGGCUUUCCGCAAGUCCGUCUCUUCCAAGAGCCUCCGGCGCUUCCUGGAGGUCUUCAUGGAGACACAGAUGUUCGGGGGCUUCAUCCAGGAACGGGAGAUGCGGAAGCAGGGGGUCAGAGGUCUGUUUGAGGUACGGGCUCAGGAGUACCUGGAAACACUUCCCAGUGGGGAGCAGAGUGGAGUCAAUCGGUUCCUGAAAGGACUUGGCAGCAAAAUGAAAUUCCUCCACAAAAAGUAAAGAGCGAAGCACGUCCUCAUUCCACAGAAGAGAAUGGCUUUACCCGUUAAACACCAACAAAUCAGAUGUAUCCACCAUUCCCAUUUGACCUGCUCCCAGGGGCCCGCAGCCUUGGGCAGGCUGACCGCGGCCGGGACGCGCUCACGCAGACGUGCGGUGCCACAGGACGAUGCGACAGCGCUGGGGCUGCUGGGACGGGUCUCCGGAUAUCGACAGUUGUAUGCACUGGACCAAGCACUCUGAACUCUGCGCUAGCACGUUGCAGACAGCCCAGCAGAUCGGAUCCCUUAGCUAGUCAGUUCUUUGUUUCGCUGUAUUUUUCUAUUUAUAUUGGGGUUAGAACAAAUAUUAACCGAUGCCUCUCGCCCUGCCUCCUCCCCGCCCGGUGGGACUGCCACGGGACUGAGCUGGCAGAGCUUGAGCACCGAGAAUGGGAGGAACAGAGUUGUGUGGACAUGUCUCUGCAGAGCAAAGGUGCUGAGAACUGCAGGGGUGAUGUGGACUGAUGAGGAGGAGCUUCUGAGGGUGAGGGGGAACCACUAAACCUACUGAGGACGUGAUCAGCCUGCCAGCUGCCAGGUUGGCUGCAUCGGGUCCUGGCACGAGGAGAGGCUUUUCCUUACGCAGCGUAAUUAAAAGUGAGUGGUUUAAAAGGUG